AUGUUAAGAAGAUUAAUUACCAAAAGAACCUUCGUUACCUCUUUACAAGAAACCAUACUGCCAAAGAAAUAUGGUGGUAGAUACACAGUCACUUUACUACCUGGUGAUGGUGUCGGUAAAGAAAUCACAGACUCUGUGAUCUCCAUCUUUAAAGCUGAAAACAUCCCCAUUGACUGGGAAACUGUUGAAAUCUCUGGUUUAGACAACAAAGAAAACGUUAAGUUGGCUGUUGAGUCCCUGAAGAGAAACAAGAUCGGAUUGAAAGGUAUAUGGCACACACCUGCCGACCAGGUUGGUCACGGCUCCUUGAAUGUCGCCCUUAGAAAGCAACUGGACAUAUAUGCCAAUGUGGCCAUCUUCAAGUCCAUGGAGGGAGUCAAAACAAAGAUCCCAGACGUGGACCUCGUCGUCAUUAGAGAAAACACAGAAGGUGAAUACUCCGGCCUUGAACAUGAGUCCGUGGAAGGUGUUGUAGAAUCCUUGAAAAUCAGUACCAAGGAAAAGUCUGCAAGAAUCGCCAGGUUUGCGUUCGACUUUGCACAAAAGAACGGCAGGCACUCCGUCUGCGCUGUUCACAAAGCCAACAUUAUGAAACUGGGUGAUGGUUUGUUUAGAAACACCGUCACCGAGAUUGGUGCUAAGGAGUAUCCAGAUAUCAAGACCUCUUCGAUCAUCGUCGACAACGCCUCUAUGCAGGCAGUGGCUAAACCACAUCAAUUCGAUGUCAUGGUCACUCCAUCUAUGUACGGUACCAUUUUGGGUAAUAUAGGUGCCGCUCUGAUCGGUGGCCCAGGUUUGGUUGCUGGUGCCAACUUCAGUAGAGAAUAUGCGGUCUUCGAACCAGGUUCCAGGCACGUCGGUCUAGAUAUCAAGGGUCAAAACAUUGCCAAUCCAACAGGUAUGAUUCUCUCAGCCACUUUGAUGCUAGAACAUUUAGGUCUAAAGGAAUCUGCAAACAGAAUCUCUAAUGCCGUUAAACAAGUCAUUGCUGAAGGUAAGCAUACUACUAAGGAUAUAGGCGGUAAGUCCACCACCACUGAAUUCACCGAUGCAAUUAUUAACAAACUAGCCAACACCCCAUUGUAA